AUGGCUUUGCUAUUGCUCCUCCAUAUCGCCAUCCUGGGACUCAGCAUCCCCAGGCGCUUGGCCCAGGGGCACAGCCCACCCCAACCAGAAGCAGAUGGAAGGAGAGAGACCAUCAGGUCUUCAGGAUACCCAAGGGAACGCCACCCCCAGCCCCCAGCUCAGGGCUCAUCCAGGGCCACUCAGGACCCUCUCCAGAUCCCAAGUAACGGGACCGCGCCACUGCUGGUGGCUGUGCAGGUGUUCCUGUCCAACGUGUUCAACGUGGACAUCCUGCGGUACACAGUGUCCUCGGUGCUGCUGCUUCGGCUGUCCUGGCUGGACACCCGCUUGGCCUGGAACGCCAGUGCGCACCCGCAGCGCGCCAUCACGCUGCCCUGGGACUCACUCUGGAUCCCCGGGCUCACCAUCCAGGAGUCGCUCUGGGUGGACUGGCGGGACCAGAAUCCACGCGCGCGCGUGGACCCUGUUGGCAAUGUGGAGCUCUAUUUGUCGCUCACCACAGAGACCAACUGUGACUUCGAGCUGCUCCGAUUCCCAGGGGACCAGAGUGACUGCAGCCUCAGCUUCUAUGCGCUGAGCAACACAGUGACUGAGUUAGAGUUCCGGGCCCACGCGGUCAACGAGAUGGUCAGUGUGAAAAGGGAAUACAGAGUUCAUGACCUGAAGAUCCAAGUCCCACCCAAACACCUGGUGCCCUGCUUCCGGGUCACGCUGAGGCUGCAGAACACGGCACUCAAGACCAUCAUUUCCCUGCUGGUCCCUGGGGAGGCACUGCUGGUGGCUGACGUGUGUGGGGGGCUGCUGCCCCCUCAGGCCCCAGAGCGCUUGGGCUACAAGGUGACCCUGCUGCUAGGCUAUCUCGUCUUCCACUCGUCCCUGGUGCAGGCGCUGCCCAGCUCUUCCUCCUGCAACCCGCUGCUCAUUUACUACUUCACUGUCCUGCUGCUCCUGCUUUUCCUCAGCACCGUGGAGACGGUGCUGCUCGCUGGGCUGCUGGCCCGGGGUGGCCAGGGGGCCAAGGUCAGUGUCAGUCCCACUCCAACAAGGGAGGGGCAAGAGCCGGGGAGCCCAGGACCCGGGCCUCAAGGUUCUGUUUCUCCCCCCGCAGGAGGGAAGGGGUCAAGGAGGAGCUGGGCUGAGGCUGCGGAUCGCAUCUUCUUCCUGGCCUAUGUGGCCGGGGUCGUGCUCAGCCAGGUCAUCUUUGCGACCAUCUGGAUGUGGGCGGUGUGCGAGUCAGACCCGGCCCCUGGCGAGGCCAUGCCGCAUGGUGGGCGGCCCAGGUUCUAA